CAGGCAUGGACGACCCACGAGACGAGUUGGCAUACGACAUCUGGAAGAUCUACAACAAGUUCCUGGGAGAAGGCUUCAACGCAUCGCGCAAGCAAGACCGCCUGCACUUCAUGGACUGGCUUCUCCCUGCACGUCCGCCAGCACCGCCAAAUCCCGCCCCCAAAGUCCCUAACUACGUCCUCGUGUGGCUUCCGGAAUAUAGGAAGAACCACCGCAUUGAAGUCGACCCGAAGGAAUAUGUCGAGCGCCCGCGCCCGCAUGAAAUUAAGCUGUAUGACUCGGGUCUCUCAUGGGAAGAGGUCUACAAUGUGGUCUUCGAGUGGGUCGCAGAGCAGAAGGCCGAAAGCGAUUUUCGAAGGCGUCAGGAGGAGGAGCAGAAGAAGGCGCAGCGAGAUGCGGACUGCCAUCAGGAGGAUGUUGGAGACGGGAGCGAUGAAGAGGACGAUGACAUGAACGACGAAGAGGACGAUGACAUGAACGACGAAGAGGACGAUGGCACGAGCGACGAAGAGGACGACGUAACGAGUGAGGAAGAAGAAGACGAUGAUAUGAGUGAGGAGGAAGAGGACGAUGACACGGACGAGGAGGGAGAGGAGAAUAAGAGCCGCGAAGCAGAAGAUCUCGCAGGCGAAGGCGCCGACGACGAAGAUCCAAGUUCAUCACAACCCUUUGAUGAUCACGAGGCCAUCAAUGAAGCUAAGGAUGAAGGUGACGUCGACCAGAGCCAAGAUGUAUCUGCGAACACGGGCGAGGAUGUCGACGAACAAAACGAGGACCCCUCAGAGCUCUUCGCAGAUAACGAGUGGGUCGACGAGGUUAUGAAUCAUGAUAAAGAGGCCAAUGACGGCACCAUCCACGGCACUAGCGACGAAGAGGGCAGUAUUGACGAGGAAGUCAAGGAUGCCACGUCAAACCUUCGAUCAAACGAGGAGGUCGAGGAGGGAGAUAGCCUGCAAAAGAGUGGAGGUACCGCCGGCCUCGCCAAUGGAGAUGACGGCGAUGACGACGACUUCGAAGGACCUAUGUAUGGUCCCAUAAGCGCAUGGGAUGACGAAGGCGAGCUAUAAGGCCUACAGAGGCUCGCUCUGAGGUUAGAAUAUAAGGAAAGGAUAGAGAAUUCGG